AUGUUCUAUGGCUCUAUGGUUCUUAACGAUCAGAUGUUUAGGAAUGACGAUGAUGCUGAGAAACAAAUUGUAAUAAGGCCACGCCAGGGUAAGAGACUGGCUUAUAUAAUGCAAUGUCUUGCACAGAUCUAUCGCCUGAUUUACAACGAUCAGCAGUCCACGAAGCGCGAUUUGUUCUAUGAACAGAAAAAGCUGUACAAGAGCCAGGCAAAUCUUGACCGGACAAUUACUAGCAUAUGUGACUUACUAAACGAGGCCCGCGUGGCCCUUAAUAUUGUUUCCAGUAGUAAAGGAAUUUUGUUUGGUGCUCUUGCAUUUAUGACUAGCGAGGGGAAGUUGAUUGACUGUAGGAGUCAACCGCGUAUUGUUUUUAAUCAUUCCAUGGUUUCCUUUCUUUCAUUUGCAAACCAAUUUGCACUUUUCAUUAUUGUUGUAGAGAAAGAUGCUAUUUUCCAGAAACUUAUUGAUGAAGGCUAUUUCGAAUACUUUCCGAAGAGUUUGCUGGUUACGGGGAAAGGAUAUCCUGAUAUUUGUACCCGCAAGGUUCUGCAGUGGAUUGUGGACCAGUUGGCAGUUCCGAUAUAUGGUUUAUUUGACAGCGAUCCUCAUGGCAUUGAAAUAAUGUUGACAUACAAAUACGGCUCGAGUUCGAAUUGUGUAGAAGGACGACAUUGCCACGUUAAGCAGAUUCAGUGGUUAGGGUAUCCAUCAGAUAUUCCGCUAUUACCUAUCGUAAACCAUCAUUUUCUAAAGCUUCGUAACAGCGAUUUCAUGAAGAUUAAGAGGAUUCGUCGAAGGGCUCAAGUGUUAGGAGAACAUAAUGUAGUGGAUGAGUUGAGUAUUUUAAGGCAGGUUGGUGAGUAA